AUGAGUAUGAUUUCUUCAAUAAGUUCGGAGCAGCUGUUACGCACGCCGUCUCGCAGUGGAGAUCCCCAGGAUCAAAUGGAUCUGGACGAGCGCAGAACGGAGGCAGAGAAUUGCAGGUGGAGAGCCUACCCAAAAAAAGUUGAAGAGUUGGGCGAUAAUUGGUUGAGGGCGGCAAGCAGCCAAGGCGAGAACGACGGACCUGUGGGGGCCAACAACGGAAUCUCAGCCAUCGACCGGAUGCGAUCGACCCAAGGAUCCUCAAAAACUAUGUCGAACGAAGACUCAAGGAACGAAGCCAGAAUACGACUUUCAUUGGACACAGGCGAGGACCGAAUUUCUGGAUUUUCUAUGAGUGAUUAUACAAGAACGAUAGCAUUGCCCGACGUUCAACCUUUUGGAGGUAGACCUCAUGAGUGUUUCAAAAGGUUUCUAUCCUCGCUCAAUAUUAAGCAUCCAAGUGAUAGGUGGAAAGAUUCAAGCCGUUUACAGUUCUUCCAAAGUUUCCUACGUAAAAACGCGCUUACCAUAUUUGAAACCGUGCCGGUAAAGGCAAUGAAAAAGCGCACGCGCGUCGAUGGGAACAUUGAAAGGGUUAAGGCUCUGGCUGAUUUGAGGAAGUUGACCCUAAGAGAUGAUCAGUUAGCUGCGGAAUUUUGUUUGCUAUUGGAAGGGUUAACAAAUAGAGCAUACCCAGAUGUGCCGCAAGAAGUGACUGCGCUACAGAAAGCGGAAAUUUUGAGCAGGCAGCUUGCGAACUGGGGUGGUAGCUAUUGCUUUAUGGAAGCUUUAGAAACCAGUGCAGCUGGAGAAGUUUAUGGAAAGGUGAAAGAGACCGCAUUGUGGAUGGAGAAGAGCAUCAGAGCCGCAGCAAAAUGCAGAAAUGCUCUUAGGACGAAGCCUACACAGCGAUUCAAGUCAAACUGGGAGCGGAGUAAAGACGAACCAAGAUCCUUCUUAGGCCUCAACAAGUUUGAGUCGGAGACAAACGCGGAAAGAACGCAGGAAAGCAGGUCCAAGAAGCGGAACAAGCAACAAGAAGCGGAACAAGAAACAGCAGCAAAAGACUUGCGGCCGUGCUACAACUGUGCGAAACAAGGACAUUUUGACUGUCGGCUGUCAGCUCGGCAGAAUAAGACUCCUACACCCACAGAGCAAACGAGAAAGCCAUCGGAAUCUUUCGCGUCGCGCUUGAAAGGUGGAUGUGCUCUGCAGAUACGGGAACCGACGAGGUCUCAACUGACUAUUUCGGUAAAAGUCUUUGGCAUGUCGGCAGAGGCACUCGUGGAUACGGGGCCGCAAGCGACCAUAUUCCCUUUGAUGCUGCCUAAGAAGGCGAUAGAUGCAGGGAUGAACCUUGACGAUUACGUCGAGCGGAUACCUUCUCCAAAAGUAAAAGUAAAGGACGCGUCGGGGAACUGCAUGAAGUUUCUUGAUACUAUCAGAGUGUCAGUAAUCCUUAACGGACAGGAGGAAUCAAUUCCUGUGUACGUUGGUAAGGGCUUCGAUGAAGUAGUAAUAUUAGGAACCAACGCACUAGAACGCUUUAUCAUGAAGUUAGUUCAAGAUGGAGAAGAAAAAGACAUAGAGCAUUCAAACGAAAAGGAGGACGUUGAAGUGGCAGAGAUUAAACAGAGAAUCUUUAUUCUCCUGGGAGCGUCAAAGCUUCUGUCGGUAACGUGCGCUCAUACAUAUCAGUCCGAAACGGCUGUCUUCUCGGCACAACAUCCACUCUUGAUAGACGGAGUUUGCCACCUCGAGGAUCAUGAAGCAAUUUUAAAUACCAGUGACCAACAACACUGA